AUGUCUCAAGCAGAUCGCAGAAUGACAGGUCUAUUACAACAUGCCUAUGGCAUCCUGUUAUCGCUCUUUGUAGUAUUUAAUUUCUUAUGUUCUAAUAGUAGAGCUUUAGCCUCCUCGCUCAGUUGGAUCAAUGAGGAUCCCCUUGGUCAUCCACAGUAUGAACUGUUGCUUCUAAAGGAACUUAUGGCUAAUAGCACAACCACAGAGUUAAUAGCAGGAACAGAAAGGAAGUCUGAAGACAGUAAGUCUGGUGAAGUAGUUAGCAUGGUGUCCGCUAACUCACAAAUAUCCAUCUCGCGAGAUGAAUCGCCAAGUCAGGAAUCCGACUAUAUAACUAUGCGCACUGCCAAGGGGCAGCUGUAUCUGUGUCAUAUUCCGUCAGUUUCGAGCAAUACAGAGCUCGAUAACAAUAUAAAUGAAGAGGAUGAAGAUGAGAUCGAUAUACUGAAAAGAGGUCUUGCACUUCUCGAGCCAAUGAAGGAUGAUUGUCUGUCUCGUCCUCGCGAUUGGUUUACUUAUGAGUAUUGCCAUCUCCGUUAUGCCCGCCAAUACCAUAAAAUCCAAGGGAAUUUGAAAGAGGAAAUCUAUAUUCUUGGAAAGUACGAUUCAAGCGGAACGGCUUUACCAUCAUCAGAUGAUCAUGUGGAAGAGAAUAGCCAGAGUAUUCAGGGAGCAAGCCUGGAGAGAAUCCGCGGAGGGAGGAAAAUAGUUCAAAAAUUAAGUGGUGGCACUACCUGUGAUAAAACAAAAAAACCUCGGCAGAUUAAAAUAGAGUUCCUUUGCGAACCAAAUACGAUGGAUAGUAUCGCUUAUUACGAAGAAGAAAGUAUUUGUAGCUAUCACAUGAUAAUACACACACCACGUCUAUGCGAUGAUCCGGCAUUUCAUGACAAAGCGAAGUCUGUAGUUCAUCCAAUUAAUUGUAAUCCUAUUGUGUCUGACGCCAAUUACGAGAAAAUGUCUAAAGAAAGAAGCCUAGAUGGACCUUCUGAAGAAACUGCUGGAACAGCUUCUAAAGAUAAAUCAGCCAUUGUGGCAGAUGGUUUGUCUGAUAGUGUCAAGGAAGAAGUUGUAUCAAAGGGGAAUAUUCAGUUUAAAACGUUGGCUGAUUUACUUCGUAAAAUAGAAGUUGUAAAGCGGGAAGAACAGCAAGAUGAAGAAACAUUUUACAAACUAGUUUUGACGAAUGAAGAAAUGACCGUUAUCCAGUCAAUGACAGAGGAUGACCAGAAACAUCAUUCAAAAGCUGAUCUUACACAUCAGGCACGGUUAAGUAAAGACUAUGAGGUAGUAUAUGAAACGUCCGAUGAGAAAAAUAACGGGGACAACGAUAAAUGA